GGAUUAUUUGUCCAUACUGGUGGUCCUGCUCAGCUGCGUGAAUGACGGCAUGUACCAGCCUUGUGUAGAGGUGGAAGAGGAGAGCUUCACCCGAGAGAUUUUGGGUUCUCUCGUCUUUCUUUACUUCAUCAUGGAAAUGCUCAUUAAGACAAUAGCCCUGGGAUUCAUCGGCCAUAAAGGAAGCUACCUGAGCAGCCACUGGAACAAGUUUGAUCUUUUCAUCAUCUUUGCAGAGCUAAUGGAUUAUACGUUUAGAUUCUUUAAUCUCCACGUAGAAGCAUCUCAUGCCAUCAAGCCAGUGAGACUAAUCAGCCGAGUACCAAGUAUGCGGAUAUUGGUGACAAUACUCCUUGAAACGGCCCCCAUGCUUGGUAAUGUUCUCAUCCUCUACGCGUUUGUCAUCCACAUCUUCGGAGUCAUUGGAGUUCAGAUGUGGGCGGGGAAGUUGCGCAACCGCUGCUUCCUGGGCGACGACAUCCUGACAAUUUAUAACGUGUCUCUGAGUCCAUACUUUGUGCCCAUCUUUGGUGGACGGUCCUCGUUCAUCUGUUCACCUGACGAAAAGGGUGGAGGACGCUUUUGCCGUGAUGUGCCGCCCUACCAGGAGCAUGGCAAAAUCUGCACACUGGCUGCAGACGAGCCGAUCCAAGCCGGCCAAUGUGUAAACUGGAACAUGUACUACAAUGUAUGCCGUGCUGGGGACCACAACCCUGACUUGGGAGUUAUUAACUUUGAUAACAUCGGCUAUGCCUGGAUAACCAUUUUCCAGGUUGUGACACUUGAAGGAUGGACCAAUAUCAUGUAUUAUGUUAUGGACUCUUAUUCCUUCUGGAGUUUUGUGUUUUUCAUACUUGUCACUAUUAUUGGCUCCUUUAUCAUAAUGAAUGUGUGUGCAGUCAUCAUUGCAACCCAGUUCUCAGAGAACUUCGCAAGAGUCACAACAGAGCAGCAUGCUGGUCCUCUGUCUUUUAAAACUCUCUUCAGGAAGUUUGUUUCCUUCCUGAAGAUGAUGACCACCAGGGUGCAGCCCGUCAAGAGCUCAACACAUGUCAAACCCACACUGCAUCAGGUCUGGAUCCCUUUCAAGGAAAAGUUUAACAUUCUCAUCAACACUAAAUUCUUUAAUCGAAUCAUCAUUAUUGCUAUUUUCAUCACUAUUGUUACCAUGGCGAUGGAGCACUACAACCAGCCUCAGGAGUUGACGCGAGUAUUAAUUGUCAGUAACAUAAUUAUUACCAUUAUAUUUGUGGUGGAGAUGAUAAUAAAGCUGAUCGCCCUCUCGUGGAUGUACUUUGCGGACCUUGACAACAUCUUCGACUUUGUGGUUGUUCUCACCAGUUUAUGGGAAUUAGGCUCCAAAGCUGAUGGCAAGCUGUCAGUUGUGCGAGCAUUUUAUGUGCUGCGCUUCGUGAGGGUGUUUCACUUCCUCCCGUACCUGAAGAGGCAACUGCUGGUCCUGAAGAGGACGAUUAGAGAGGCAUCCACUCUGUGCUGGUUAAUGCUGUUUGUCAUUUUCAUUUUUAGCAUUGUGGGCAUGCACCUCUUUGGAUGCAAAUUCCACUUCAGGUCAAUAUAUAAUGAAACCGCUGAUGAUCGAAAAAACUUUGACAGCCUGCUGUGGUCCAUGGUCACUGUGUUCCAGAUUCUGACUCAGGAGGACUGGAACGUGGUGCUUUAUAAUGCCGUGGCUGCCACCUCCCCGUGGGCAGCUAUCUACUUUAUUGCCAUCAUUGUGUUUGGAAAAAAUGUUCUUCUUAAUGUACUGGUGGGCAUAGGGGUUGACAGCUUCCAGGCCAGGCCCAGUGAAAACAUUCAUCAAGACUCCUCUCGCUGUCCCAGCUUGGCAUGUGAGGCCGAAAGCUCCCUUGAGGAGGGCCCCAGAACAAUCACAGGAGAAUAUUCUGUUCCUGCCACUGAGCCCAGCAGAUCCAGUGGGAGUGCCUCAGCCUCUGAGAUUCCCUCCACACAGACAAAAAACAACAGUUUCACUAGAUUUUUGAAUAGGAUUCAGAAAGUGCUGCUGUGGUGCCAACAGCAUAAAGACUGGUCAUUGUACAUGCUGUCCCCACAGAGCAGGUUGCGUAGAUUUUGCCAGCGUUUGAUGUCUCACAAGGUGUUUGACCAUGUGAUUCUCUUCUUCAUUCUGCUGAACUGUGUCACCAUUGCUAUGGAGAGGCCCAGUAUAAACCCUAAAAGCAUGGAACGCUUGAUCCUGAAUGCAUCCUGUUCUGUUUUUACUGCGGUCUUCCUGAUCGAGAUGGUUAUUAAGGUUAUAGCUCUUGGCUUGGUGAUCGGGAAGGGCAGCUACUGCCGGUCAUUCUGGAAUCUCAUGGACGGCUUUUUGGUGAUUCUGUCCUCAACCAACUUUAUUAUCACUUUGGUCACUUCUGACAAAAAGAACAUGCUCAGCAUCCUCAAAGUUUUUCGGCUGCUAAGAACACUUCGCACGCUGAGGAUGAUCAAGCAAACCCCAAAACUGAAGCUGGCUGUCAAAGCUCUUAUUGCCUCUGCUAAACCAAUUGGGAACAUUGUCCUGAUUUGCUGUGUCCUCUUCUUUUUCUUUGGGAUCCUUGGGGUUCAGCUGUUCAAAGGAAAGUUCUUCUACUGUGAGGGUGAAAACACUUCAAACAUCACCAAUAAGGCCGAAUGUCUCUCUGCUAAUUAUACGUGGGUUCGGAAGGAGUACAACUUUGACAACUUUCCUCAGGCUCUGAUAGCCUUGUUUGUGAUGUACUCUAAGGACGGCUGGAUGAACAUCAUGUAUGAUGGACUGGAUGCUGUGGGAGUAGAUCAACAGCCUGUGAAGAACUAUAACGAAUGGAUGCUCAUUUAUUUCAUCUCCUUCAUGGUAAUGAGUUUUUUCCUCCUCGACAUGUAUAUCGGCGUCAUGGUGGAGACCUUCCACGUGUGCCGGCAGCAGCAAAAACAAUCGCUGCAGAGAGGAGGAAACUCACGGGAUAAAAGUAGAGAGGAGAAUUAUUUCAGGCACUACUCCCUCGUGCGUCGCCGUAUCUAUGACCUGAGUACCAGCAGAUUCCUCGAGUUAUUCAUGACAGUAGUCGUCUUCAUUAAUGUCGUGUUGAUGGCUUCGGAACACUAUAAUCAGCCUUUGUAUGUAGAUCAGAUGAUAGAGUACUCCUUCUAUGUGUUCACUGUCCUCCUGGUCCUGGAAAUCAUGCUAAAGGUUGUGGCGUUUGGCGUACUGAGGUUCAUAAAAAACAGUUGGAAUAUGCUGGACAUUGCUAUAGUCUUGGUUUCCUUCAUCGUUAUCAUUUUCACCAAGAUGAAUAUGGAACACCGUCUUCCCAUUAAUCCCAGCAUCCUGAGCGUCACUAGAGUGCUCAGACUAGCACAAGUGCUGAAGGCCAAGAAGAUCAGAGUUCUGCUGAGAACCAUUACUAAGACACUGUCACAGGUUGGAAACCUCUGUCUGCUCUUUAUGUUCUUCUUUUUCAUCUACGCUGCACUGGGAGUGGAGCUCUUUGGCAACCUCGAAUGCACCCCAGACUAUCCAUGUGAAGGCAUAAAUCAGUACGCUAACUUUAAGAACUUCGGGAUGGCGCUGCUCACACUGUACAAAGUGUGCACAGGGGACAACUGGAGUGGCAUUUUGAAGGACACAUUACGCCCAUGCCGUCCCAAUGAUAAAGCCUGUCCCAGCUACCUGUGGUGGGCCUCGCCAAUCUGCUUCGCCACCUUUGUGGUCUUGGUUCAUUUUGUUCUGGCAAACCUGGUGGUGGCAGCUGUCGUGCAAGCAUUGGAGGAAAGCAAAGAGAAAAGGCCUAAGACUGAAUCCUCAGACAUCAUGCAGCAACCCCAGGAGUCUCCAGGCGAACCCGUCAUAUCCAGCUCAGCUGGUACCACCGAAGGAGUCCACUUGUAAAUCACUUCAUACCUUAGACUUGUUUUUGUUUAUACUUCUCUGUUACUGUGACAUUUUCUUAUAUCCUGUAAAUGUUAAAAUUUUUAUGCCUAUGUACUUUUAUCUUACUGUAAACAUUUUUAACGAAAUUCACUUAAAUGUUAACAGUUCCUUUGUUAAUAGUUGUUUAUAUAAACUAUAGGUAAACACUAUAUAUAGAUAAAUACUACAGACAUACACACGUUGUUUACAAUUAGUAGUAUUAUAGUAACUGCAUUACAGGUGUGUUUAAACACCAAGAUCCAUGAUCUUAUGCAC